UGCCGACGGUAUGCCGGUGUGGCAUAGCAGGAGCACAGCCUGGCGCCAAAGGCCAUAAAAGACUGACGUCUGUGUCAUUGCCGUUUUCUUUGCACUCAUUCAGUUUACCUCACGUCCGAAUAUUCAUUGACAGCAAUGGAGCAAAGCGCACUUCAUCGACGCGGCGUGGGCCUCCGCGGAGUCGACCGGUCAAGUGUCUCACCAGGCUACACCCUCUUCGCCCAUCUCACCAGCCCUGGAAUUGUACGCAUGGUUGAUAACAAUGGACGCGAAGUUCACCGAUGGAAAUUCCCGUGCCGGCCAGGUCGCCAUGCUCGCAUCCUGCCCAACGGGAAUCUUGCGUACAACGGCGUUCAUCCAGACUCGCCUCGUCUUUUCCCGCUCUGGCAGAAGUAUCGGGGUGGUCUGAUGCUGCAGGUUGAUCCUGAUGGUAACGUCGUACAGAAGUGGGAGGACCCGCUAGCACAUCACGACCAAAAUCACCUGGAUGACGGCACAAUACUGUACACCGCCCUGGAGCCUUUGACCGCCGAACAAGCCAAAUCCAUUCCAGGAGGCAUCCCCGGCAGUGAAGCCCCAGACGGCAAAAUCUACUCCGACAGCAUCAAGCACGUGAACCCCCAGACCGGCGAGCUCCUCUGGCACUGGCGGCUAAUCGACAACCUGUCCCCCUCCGACUUUCCCCUCCAACCACAUUACACCCGCGACCACUACCCGCUCAUCAACUCCGUCGCCCUCCUCCGCGACGGCAACAUCCUCGCCUCCCUCCGCAGCGUCUCCGCCGUGAUCAUCAUCUCCCGCUCCACAGGCAAAGUCCUCUGGCACCUCGACUCAACCAUCAUCGCGCAACAGCACUGCGCGAGCGAACUCGACGACGGCUCCAUCCUCAUCUUCGACAACGGCACUUACCGCCACCAAGAAUCGUUUCCCUACUCCCGCGUCAUCCAAGUCGAUCGCGCAAAGAAGGAGAUCGUCUGGCAGUACAGAGACGUGAAUCCCAUGACAUUCUUCUCGCCUUUCAUGGGUGGCGCGCAGCGGCUGCGGAACGGCAACACGCUUGUGACGGAAGCGGCAUUUGGACGGAUCUUCGAAGUCACGCGGCAAGGGAAGAUGGUGUGGGAGUAUGUUGUGGAGGACUUUGCUACGUACGAUGGACUUGGAGCGGAGGAGUUGGAGGGGAUUUUCGAUUACCCUGCCAAUGCCAUCUUUCGCGCGUACAAGUAUUUGCCCGAAGAGGUGCCUUGGUUGGAGGAGAAGUUGAGGAAGGCGGAUGGGAGUCGAAAGGCGGUACUUUGAGGAGAUUCGUAGUAUUCGCAAUCAUAGAAUGUGCUUCGCUCAUUGCGUUCUCUGCCUCCAGCGACUCACCGACGAUCCACGCUCGCUGCCAUGCGGCUUCAAU